AUGACCUACACUGUUCUUGGAAAGGAAGUCGGCCCUAUCGGCUACGGCCUCAUGAGCCUUACCAUGCGUCCCCUCUCGGACGAGGUCGCCUUCGCCGCCAUCCGCGCCGCCCUCGACUCGGGCUGCAACUACCUCGAUGGCGGUGAAUUCUAUGGCCCCCCUGACGCAAACUCCCUGACCCUCAUGCGUCGAUACCUUGAGAAGUAUCCUGCCGACGCCGACCGCAUAGUCCUCAACAUCAAGGGCGCCCUCGGCCGCGAUUUCCGGCCUCGCGGUACCAAGGAGGGCGUCCGCGAGAGCAUCGACAACUGCCUGAAAACGCUGGGUCCUGUGGGACGCAUCAGCCAGUUUGAGGCUGCCCGCAAGGAUCCCAACUCGGACUAUGAGGAAGAAACUCUGGCUGCCAUUGACGAGUAUGUCAAGGCGGGAAAGAUUGACGGCAUCUCGUGCAGCGAGAUCAACGCCAACACCCUUCGCAGCGCUGCCAAGAAGUACAACAUCACCGCUCUGGAGAUUGAGGUCUCGCUCUUCACCCCGGAGCCCCUUACCAAUGGACUUCUCGAGGCUUGUGGCGAACUCGACAUUCCCGUUCUCGCAUACUCUCCCCUUGGCAGAGGCUUCCUCGGUGGCCAGAUCAAGUCUUUCGACGAGCUCCCCGAGAACGACUUCCGCCGUAUCAACCCUCGCUGGCAGGGUGAAAACUUCACCAAGAAUCUCGAGCUCGUCUCCUCCAUUGAGGCCAUCGCCAAGAAGAAGGGCUGCACCACCAGCCAGGUCGCCAUCAACUGGCUCGUCGCCCUGUCUCGUCGUCCCGGCAUGCCCAAGAUCAUCCCCAUCCCUGGCUCUACCAACCCGGACCGCAUCCGUGAGAACGCAACCGUCGUCGACUUGACCGAUGACGAUAUGGCCAGUAUCGACAAGAUCCUCGCCUCCUUUACGACGGCUGGUGAGCGAUACCCUGCCGCCCACAUGGACUUGUUGAAUGGUUAG